UAUUGUGUUUAUUUCUUGCUACAGCACAUGGUUCAGACGGGCAUGAGCGCUCCUUUUGGGGCGGCUGCGCCCGCUGGGUUUCCUACCCAGAACGGAGACGUGCAAAAGGAAGUGAAGGAUGCGACCGUGGCGCUGUUGCCAGCACCUGGACAAACGGCCGCAGCCGCAGUGGCCGCGGCAGCAGCGGCGGCGGGGACGGGACCACCCUUCAGUCCGCCGCCACCCCAAUCUGUCGCUCCCGACCAACAGGGUGCAGCAGGAGGAGGAGGCAACAACAUCGUCAAUAGUCCUGUCAGGGGUUCGGCGACGUAUUCGUGUGAACAACCCCAAGUAUUACAACAGCCUGAGGCCUCGGAGGCGGCAGCAGCACCUCCGACUGCAACAGGCACACCUGAAGCCACCCCUGCGGGUAGCACCCCUGCUCAAGAUCCUACCAAAAAUCAACCUAAACGAUUACAUGUCUCCAACAUUCCAUUCCGAUUUAGGGAUCCAGAUUUGAGAGCCAUGUUUGGGCAAUUUGGGCCAAUUCUAGACGUAGAAAUUAUUUUUAAUGAGAGGGGAUCGAAGGUAUGCAUCAGUUUUUUUAUUUUAAUAAAUUGAAAUAUUUUACAAAACUUGUUGCAUUAUAUCAUAUACACCACAUCCCUAAACGUCAUUAAAAAAUAUUUGUUUCAAAAAAAAAAUGCACAGUAAUUACUUUGAUGCCCAGAAAACAAAUAAUUAAAGGCAUAUAAAAUUAGAUAAUGUUCACACACAUGGCUGCACUUUAGUAUUUAGGGCAACCCCUGUCACGGUUGGAUACCUGUUUGGAAAGCCUAUGGAGGAUUACAAAAAUCGAAGUCCGUCAUGACAAAAACCUAAUCCAACUUACAUACUUAUCAUAUGUGUAUUUGUGUAGAAUUUUGUCUGGAAUUAGCUGACUAUUAAAAAGUCCAAGUAAAGGAUAGAAUUGUGCUUUAAACUUAUCUUCGAUGUACAGGAAGUUGCUGUUUGGUGGAAUUUUUUAACUGAAAAUUACCAAUCUUUUAACCUGGUGGACAUGUUUAAGGGUAAAGACGGUCAGUUAACUUAGGAAUUUGAGUACUGAAUCUACAGAAUUAUGAGCACAAAGGAUGAGAUUAAUAUUACAAUUCUAGCUUAAUUUAAGCCAUAUGCAAUGUAUUAUUAAAAGUCUAACCCUUCUCCCAUACAUUUGUUAUGGUUAAUGGCGUAUCACAGUUUUGGUUGUUUCCGUCAUGAGUGAUCUUCGCCAUUGUGCACCUAUACUCAUAAGCUUUCCAACAGAGGUCAGUCAUUUUGGCGGCUACGGUCCCAAAUAUUAAAGUACUGCUUACGUUAUUUAUAAAUCAAUUUUGUUUUUUUUUUUAAUUUUUGUUAUUCUUUAUUACUGUAAGUAGCAGCAAGUUUUGUUUUUAAAACCGAAAAUUCUACUUUACAUUUACAAAGACUUUGUGCAUGACGUUUCCAAAUAAAUGCAAUUUUCAAGUUAUACUAAGACUUGAGCAAAGCAAGUUUUUUCUGAUGACGUAGUAUGAAUUGGGUUCAGAAUUUAAUGAUUGUGCUGUAGCUACUGUAUACCACGUUUCGUUCUGAGACGUUACGUUGUUCUCUCUUUACUUCAUAUCCAUUUACUACUUUAUCGUUUUAUACAUACCUUUAAAUAGUGAUUAAUUAACUAAUCAAUCAAUUAAUUGUUCUCUACUUAAUUUUCGUAAAAUAGUGAUUAUCACAUUCUAUUCUAAAGUGUAUCUUGAAUUGUUGUAACUUUUGUCGAUUCUUAGUUUCUUGUUAUGUACUGUCAAUUUAAUAAACAUUAUAACUGCGCCUUAAUGUGGCAGUUAUUUUUUUGUCGCAUCUUUACCCCACUACAGUAAUACAACAAAAUAUCUUUUAUAACGAAUGCAAAAAAAUUAUACCUUCAAUGUACCUAUAUAUUUACUCGACAUAUUGUAUAUCAUAAGAAAACAACUGCCCACUAAAAAAUUCUCGAUUAGUUGCUCUUUAUAAUGGUUCUAAUUAAUACAUUAACAAUGACAUUACUUUAUUAAUAAGUUGUAGUUAUUAACUGGUGAAGAUUUUUGAUGCUUUAUAUUUAUUGUCUUAUUAAAAAAAAUAGCCACAAUAUCAAUUUGAAUAGAAAAUAUAACCAUAAGGAAAAUUAAUAUUGACUGAAAUCAUCAAUGAAAAGGUAGUGCCAGUAAAGAUGCGACCAA